CGAAUGUGCCCGUUCUUCUUCCUCCAUUCAAAACUAAGAAUAGUCUGCCUAUUGCUUAAAUUGAUUAUCUCUAGUUCGCCAUGUCUACUGAAUCCGCUUUGUCCUACGCCGCCUUGAUUUUGGCUGACGCUGACGUCGAGAUCACCUCCGACAAGUUGUCCACUUUGGUUACUGAGGCCAAGGUUGAGUUCGAGCCUAUCUGGGCCGACCUUUUCGCCAAGGCUCUCGAGGGCAAGAACUUGAAGGACUUUUUCUUCAACUUCUCUGCUGCUCCUGCUGCUUCUGCCGGUGGUGCCGCUGCCGUUUCUGGCGGUGCUGAGGAGGCUGCCGCUGAGGAGAAGGUUGAGGAGGCCAAGGAGGAGUCUGACGACGACAUGGGCUUCGGUUUGUUCGACUAAUCGUGUCCUGUCGGUAGUAUAAUUCUAAUGUUUAUAUG